AUUCUUUAGAAAAUCUAGAAAUUAUCUCUGUCAAUUUAUUAUAUUAUUGUAAAAAAAAAGAUAGUUCUGAUUAUAAGGUUGAAUCUGUUCAUAAUUGUUAUAGUGCAUUGAAUAUAUAUCUUAAAAAAUAUAGCAUUCUCCAACCAAUAAAAAUCUGGGAUCAUUACAAAUUUCCUCAUGCUUUUCAUAUGUUAAAUGGAAAAAUGAAAAUCUUACAAAGCAAAGUUUUAGAUGAUCCUGAAAAGUCUGAUAGAUUGUCUGCUAAAGAAAUUAAAUAA